UCAUCAGUAGUAGUAGGUUGCAGGUCCUUGUUUCCACUUUGUUCUCCCAUCUUCCUCCUUAGCUUGUAAGUUUCUUCUCUUGGGUUUUAGUUUUAGAUUCACACAAUUAAUUGGUAAACAAUGGCUGCUUCAAGUUCAACAGAAGAUACUGAAAUGGCGGUGGCUAUGGAGGAGAUUGCUCGUGAGCACGACGCAGGGGAUAUCGAGUCUGCUAAGCACUCUGAGAACUGGAACUCCACGAACGAGGAUGAAAUUAGUAUUGACAAAUGCAUGGACCCUGAAAUAUACAGCUACACAACCUCUAAAGAAGAACUGCAGAUGGAAUUGCUCCAAGUAAGCCCCCUUGGCAACACCCUGGUUCACUUCGCCGCGAGUGUAGGCGACGCUGCCCGUGUCGAACGGCUGCGCUACCAAUCACCGGAGCUCAUCCUAACGAAAAACAACGACGGAAACCUCCCGCUGCACUUAGCAGCAUCCGUAGGGAACCGGUCCACUGUCCGUUCUCUUGUAGAAUUUCCUCAAACUGAUAUGCUGAGGGAAAAGAAUAACAGAGGGAACACGGCGCUGCACGUGGCCAUGGAAAAUGGGCACAUAGAGGUGGCUAAGUUGUUGAUUUUAAUAGAUGGAUCGAUGUGGUAUUCUCCAAAUAUGCACAACAAGACUCCCAUUUCCAUUGCUGCUGAAGCUGGAAAUCAUGAGCUCGUUAAUUUAAUGCUCUACCGCUAUCAAGAUCAGCCAGUAGGCACUGAACCAGAUGGCUCCAGCUACUAUCUUUUUAAGAACCGGUGGGAAGGGAACUCGGUUCUUCGAGCUGCCAUCUUAGGAAGGAAUAAGGGUGUCUUUGAUGCAAUACUUUUGGACACUGAUCCGUCUUUGAUCAACUCAUCCGAUGAAGAGGGGAUGACUGCUCAUACACUUGCAGCACAUAUAGGUGACACUGAAGCUGCAGACAAGUUGUUAAGCUUAUGUCCUGAUGGCCCAUACAAGCAGGACAAAAACGGCUUCACACCGGCACAUUUGGCCUCCAGAAAAGGCCACAUCAGGAUUGUCGAAAUGUAUCUUAAUCGUUGCCCGCCAUCAAGGUACUUGCUCGACGGUAACAGAUGGAACAUUCUACAUGUGGCAGUUUGGCAUCGAAGAGACAACAUGGUAAAAUAUUUGCUCAAAAGGCGAGAGCUUGAAGGGCUUAUCAAUCAGAAAGAUCGAUUUGGAAACACACCUCUGCAUUUGGCAGUUCGGCAAGGGUAUCCAAAGACUGUCAGCAUUUUGGCAUCGGAUAAGAGGGUUAACUUAAGCAUUAGGAACCAUGAACGCCAUACGGCAAUGGACAUUGCACGAAUGUCGUUGAUGGGUGAAAAGAUCUUGUUUCUUCGAAGGCCUCUAACAGUUAUGGCCUUGACAUUAGCUAAUGCUUCACGAUCUCAAGAGAGGAUUAUUGCCAAAGUAAAGCCGGCGAGAGUUAAUUAUUUUAAGAACACUAAGAAAGCUGGAGAAUUUCAUUCUGGGGCCACUGAGGAUGCUGACAGCCACAGACAGACUGUCAACAAUCUCUUGUUGGUGUCGACACUCGUUGCCACGGUAACCUUUGCUGCUGGCUUCACAGUGCCGGGUGGAUAUAAGAACUCUGGACUUGAUGAAGGCAUGGCAACUUUGGUUACAGAUUGGCCAUUCAAAACAUUUCUGAUAUGCAACACCAUUGCAAUGUAUAGCUCAAUAACUGGUGCAAUUUCCCUUCUUUGGGCACAAACAGGUGAUAUGAGUUAUGCUUCUGCAAGAUUCGGAUUGCCAAUAUUAGGGGUAGCUCUCUCAAUGAUGUUCAUGGCUUUCAUGGCUGGUGUUGCACUAGUAACAAGUAACCUUAUUUGGCUUUCGAUCUUUGUUGCCAUUACGGGUUCAAUCUUUCUCGUCAUCAUAUCAGCUCUGCUUGUUCCACUAAUAGUCCCAAUUUCUUCCAAGAAUCGCAUUACACGGUUCAUCUUGUACUGUAUCUUCCGUUUGUUGUUGAGCGUAACUAGAUAUGAUGAUGAUGAUGACGAUGACGGGGUUCACAUUGUUGGUUGACAUGGGGAGAAGAAUAGCUUUUGGAUUCUCAAACAUUCUCAAUCAAAGCUAUGGUGAGUUAUGUUCAAGAUGGCGUGCUACCGGCCGCCUCUAAUUUCUUGCCUCUUCCUCCCAUUCUAUAUUUAUUUCUAGACUUCUCUUCAUAUGUUCUCCUAGUUCCACAGCCUCUCUGUUGCUAGAAAUUUAUCUCCUAUGCCGCCAUUAGAAAUACUCCUUAAAAGCAUUAGAAGUUGACAUAUAUAGAAGUUAACAUACCCUUUGUACUAUGAUACUGUUAAUUACUGCAAUGAGUUCAAAUAUCUUCUACUGCUCUUACAAAAUAGAGCAAUUUGUGUAAUAGAAUUAGAGAGAGAAUACAUGUCUCUCCUCUCAUAUUGAAUAUUAAGGGAAGUCUAGUGGUGCCAAACCACCCUCUGCAUCCCCUGUUUUUU